CAGCUACGUCACGGUUUGAGCGGAUCAAAUCGCGCUACGGUUUCGAACAUCGGCCGGCAACGGCGAGAAAUUGUUGGAGAUUUGAUCUGGAUUGAUCACAAAAAGAGUGCUUUGAUCGUUUCAUGGUUAAUUGAUCAUACUUGAAGCAUCCUGUAGCAUGGCUUAGUAUGAGACAAAAGAUAUGCCUUGAUUCAUUAAGAAAUGUACAAUAAUCUUGGGGCGCAGCCUGCUGUGCCUAGACCGCCUAACACACUGCCAGAUCCUUUCGGCAAUUCGUUCUAUGGUGCAAGUCCAGAAUUCAUUAGAGGUGGAUUGGGUGCUUAUGGAGAGAAAAUUUUAGGGUCCAGUUCUGAAUAUGUACAAAGCAAUAUUAGCAGGUAUUUCUCUGAUCCACAAUACUAUUUCCAAGUCAAUGAUCAAUAUGUGAGGAACAAAUUGAAGGUUGUUCUUUUCCCGUUCCUGCACAGAGGCCAUUGGACAAGAAUCACGGAGCCCGUUGGUGGGAGGCUCUCCUACAAACCUCCAAUUUACGACAUCAAUGCCCCGGACUUGUACAUUCCAUUUAUGGCAUUUGGUACCUAUGUGGUUCUCGCAGGCUUAUCUUUAGGUCUUAAUGGGAAGUUUAGCCCUGAAGCUCUUAGCUGGCUUUUCAUUAAGGGUGUCGUUGGCUGGAGCCUGCAAGUUUCCCUACUGAAGAUGACAUUGUUCUCCUUGGGUAAUGGCGAGGCUCCUCUACUUGACAUGGUGGCAUAUGCAGGAUAUGCUUUCACUGGACUGUCUGUAGCUGUGCUGGGAAAAUUGUUGUGGGGCUAUGCAUACUACUUUCUCUUGCCGUGGACGUGCGUAUGCAUGGGAAUUUUCCUGGUAAAGACCAUGAAGAGGGUUCUUUUUGCAGAAGUGAGGAGCUUUGAUUCGAGCCGGCACCAUUAUCUCCUUCUCUUCAUCGCCUCGGCGCAGCUUCCCCUGCUGAUAUGGCUGGGUAACAUUAGUCUUAAUUGGCUUAUAUAGACUAUUACACUGAUAAUAAUGAGUGGUUAGGAACUCCACCAAGGAAGUGUUGCUGUUGAACUUUUGAUAUUACAACCUCAAAAGAAAUUUUUAUCUAUUUUUAUCCAGGUUUUCGUGCCUUUUGAAAUUGCCAUACUUCCAUUGAUUUGCUAGGAGCUGUUGGAAACAGAAGAGACACGUAAUGAACGUAACCCCACAUAUCCAAAAUUAAAGCUGCGAGUAACAACCA